UUAGAAAAGCAUUUUUAUGUUGUUUACAAUAACGUUCGCAGCCGCUAGCUCUUGUAUUCGUGCUGUGCUUGUGCUUACCAAACGCUUUAUUUUUACGGUGAAUAGGCCAAGGGCACUCAGGACAGGCAGUAUUUGUGAAACUUUUAAUAAAAUUGCUCACCAUGGGAACCAAAAGAAAGAAUAUGGAAGAUGAAAUGUCCAGAUUUGAAGCAGAGAUAUCCAGUGCUACGGUUUCGUACAGUGCGCCGCCAACAGGUCCAGCUGCUGCUGGCAAUCCGUUCAUACCAUCACAGGUACGAACGGUCAUCGGCUCCCAAACGUACAGCCAAGUACAGCAGAAAUUGGCGCAAGUUCCGCCUAGGUUACCACCGCCGCCAAUGCCUCCCUUUAUGCCUACGUACAGUGCUCAACCGCAACCUUUGUUGCCACCCAAAUCUUACUCUACGGAACCGACGCCGGUGAUUGUUAGUAGUGCGCCGAAGUUGUACACUGCACGACCGACUGUUGGCAUUGCUUCGAAAUCAGAAUCAUCUUCUGGGCCUUCAACUAGCUCAGCACCGGCUGUCCAGUCGUACGAUAUCGCAAAUAUUCAAUACGAAAUGACCACCAAGAUGAAGAAACCCAAAACGGAAAAGUCCGGUCCAAAUCCAAUAGCUGAGGAAGCCAUCAAAGCAGCCCGCGCUUCAUCAGCGUUGCAGUCCUUCGGCAACAGUGAACGACGUGGGAAAAAGGAUAAAAAACAAUUGGUUCGAGUUGCCGGCGGCCAAACUUGGGAGGACAUGUCGCUAGCAGAUUGGCCGGAGGAUGAUUUCCGUAUAUUCUGCGGCGAUCUCGGGAAUGACGUGAACGACGAAUUGUUGACGCGCACCUUUAACAAGUAUCCUUCAUUUCAAAGAGCCAAAGUGAUACGCGAUAAACGUACGAGCAAGAGCAAAGGCUACGGAUUUGUUAGCUUCAAGGAUCCGCAGGAUUUCAUACGAGCUAUGAAGGAAAUGGACGGACGCUACGUGGGUAGUAGACCAAUAAAGCUACGCAAAAGCACGUGGAAAAAUCGCAGCAUCGAUGUGGUACGUAAGAAGGAAAAGGAAAAACAAGCGCUGCUCAGCCUCUUCAAUCAGAGUUAGUACGACAAAUCAUCGCCGAGGAGGAGCCAUGUGCAUGUUAAUUUCGGCACACCAUAUUCUUUUAAGGUGAUCUUUCUUCUUUUGGAACCGUGGAAAUAUAGUUUGCAAUUGUAAAAAAAAGUGUUUAUGAGAAAUAUUAAAAGACAGACACCAUAUUUGCGUGUAGUUUUAGAUAACUUACGUUACGCUAGUUUCGAAAAACAAUAUCACUCAACAAUAAGAUCAAUCUAUAUCAUACCAAACAUUUACUGUAGAAAUAUCGUUCAGCUUGAACAAGUUAUUGUAACUUUUUUUUUUCGGGCGAAUAAAAGGUGGGUACAGCGCUUUUUAAAUCGUAUUUUUGUAGUUUUAUUUUAAAAAAUGUAAUUUUUCUCAAAACAGAAGACGACUUUAGCAUUUCUGUUUUUAACAUUUCUUAAAAUUAGAACAUUAGCAAUAAUAAUUGUUUCGGUAAUAAAUCCUUCAAUUAGUGAAUGUAAUUGUUUUAUUCUAAAAAAAUGUUCUAAAGUUACGACAUGUUUCAAUCAUGGUUUUAAUAGAGCCUCUGUGGUCGAAACCCUAGAAAGACCAACAAUAUUCGAACUACCAAGCGAGAGAUAUAAUGAAAAGAUGUUUUUUUUCGUGCUUUCCUUUUUUAUAUA